UUUUAUUUUUUUAAGAAAGGGAGGGACACGUAGACAUUUUUGUGGUAAUCAGCAUUAUGCCAUAAAUGCUGUCGAUUGCUUAACUUGUAUUGAACUUGGAUUAUAGGCAUACCUUUAAUAACAUUGUUAAGAACGUAGCCUCAUAUUUAUUAUUCCCAUUUUGUUAACAAUACUGUUCCCAUCUCACAGUUUUACUCCUAAGCAAAGUCAAUCGGGUGAUGUACCAAAACUUUGCGAAUCGGUUCGAUCGAGUCCUUAAAAUAUUCGGUUCAAAAGACGCGUUCGUUCGCGAAUCGGACACACCAGUAAGCAAAAAGCACUUGAGUUGAGAGAGCUGCUCGCGACACGGUGACAUUUCUGCUGAUGAAAACGCUUCUUUACGGCUCUUCAGGCAUGACCACGGAUCUAUUUUAACCCAGGACCACCUCGUCGAUAUAUUCGUGGUUUGAAUUUUGGGUUGCAAGCUUCGAGAAGGUAGACUGGGAAAGAUCCAUUGGCUGUGGGUCUGUCUGAUCCAUUGGCUGUGCGCAAAGUUGGGCUACUUCGGGUGACAACCGCUGCCAUAAAUCUUGAACAGUUGAUUUGUUUAAUCAAUUGACCAAGUGCACACCUAAACACGGCUUCAUGUGUGCAGAAACGAUGGUAAAAACAUGGUGCUGAUAUAUGCCAUAAUAGGGAUUUUUUUUUCUUUUUCUUUACUAAUGUGAUUUUUUCCCCACAUAGUUUUGAUGAAAAAACUAAACUAAACUUAUUGUGACAUCUCAUUUGCACCGUGCAUGUGUAACUGUACACUUAUGAAACCAUGGCGGAAUCGGUGAAGACCUUUCAAGCGCACCUGACCGCUGUCAUGGAUAGUUUGGUUCGCGCAUCAGUGUGCGAGAUCACCAAACUCUUUCAGGACACGGUGAACGACUACCUGGUGGAAAUAUCACUGAACAGAAAAGAAAACGAAGCUCUGAAAUUGAGAUUGAGGCUGACUGAGAAUAAACUGAGGAAUGAACGCAAAUAUGGCAUGGGCUGGGCGGCCAGUCGGCGCGCCGCAGCUCUGCUUGGCACGGACGACACCGGGCGCAAAACGCGCAAAGUGGAUCUCCAAAGAGGCAAGCACGGGAAGGAGUGGAGUGCUGAUGCGUGGGAGGAGGGGACUGGAAGAGUGAGGGAUGAGAGGAGGGACGUGUUCCGAGCACAUCUACCAACUGGAGGAGGAGGUGGAGGGGAGGAGGAGGACAGGAGACACAUCUCUGGGGAGAGGAAGGAGGCGGCCAGCAUUAAAGAGGAGGUGGGAAGCUACAGACUAGACUCGUUGAGGCUUUUGCAAGAGGCCCUACAGAUGAACCAAAGUGAAACCAGCCCUUCUUGUGGAGAAAUGGGCACUGCCUCUACUGGUCCUGAAUCGGCUGCUGCAGAAGUGUGGGAGGAGCAGCCACCCAUGCUAGAGGAACCAAUGGCCAGUGGAGAUGAGCUCAGCAGACUUGAGACUGCCCUCAAGUCAGAGCGUGAAUGGGAGGAGGCGGAGUCAUGCCUGGGCAGCCCCUCUAAUGAGGGGUGUGGGACCGCAGGUGUGGCAUUCAUUGGACUAGACGGUCUGUGCAGCUCUCAGCAGGAUGUGUCAUCAUCAUUACAUAGAGCCGACCCUACUGAACUACAACUCCCAUCAGCCCCUACGAACAAGGAAGAGGAGGAAGAGUCAGGAGGAGAGGGUGGAGACAUCCUGCAUUUCUGCCCACGCUGUAGCAGCGGCUUCAAUUCCGCCUCUGACCUGGCGGCGCACUCUUGCCCCGUGUCUGAGGAGCGGCCCUUUCAGUGCUCUACAUGCGAGAGAGCGUUCAGCCAUGCCUGGAGCCUCAAGAGUCAUGAAUGUGUGCAGAUAGGAGAGCAGUCGCAUCGCUGCGAACUCUGUGGCAAGCGAUUCACGCACUCGCGGUCCCUGGAGCGCCAUCAUCUGGUUCACACUGGCGAGCGCCCCCACAGGUGCCCGCAGUGUGGCCGCAGCUUUAGUCGUCUUGGAAACUUGGAGAGGCACCAGCGCAUCCACACAGGCGAAAGGCCGUAUGAGUGCGGGGAGUGUGGGAAAAGAUUCAGUCGAGUGGAAUACCUGAAACGGCAUCAGCAGAUCCAUAUUGGAGAAAAAGCCGAGCGGAACUCCCAGUACUGCUCUCAGUGCAACCAGACGUUCAGUGAUACUGAGCAGUUCAAGCAGCAUCAAUGUUCUUACAAUACUUAAUGUUAAUCAGUGUACAGGUGCUCAUCCAAUAAUGUGAUGCUCCUCUAAAUCCUGCUCUUAGAUAAAACUAGACCUGAAACACAAAAAUCAUUAUUUACGCACCUUCACGUUGUUCCAAACUUGUGUACUGUUUUUUUCCCCCCAGUGGAACACAAAAAUUUUCACAGAAUUAUUUUCCAUACAGCAACAAUUCAUAGUGACGAAAACAGUUAAGCUCCGAGAAGGAAACAACAUAAAAUUGCAUAAAAUUAUAGACUUGUGCGCUGUAUUGAAAGUCUUCUGAAGUCAUACGAUAGCUUUGUAUGAAAUCAGGCCAAUAGUAAAUUAUUAUAAGAUGUGUGUAUCAAUGGUGUUUGACGUCAAACCUAGCACAACACUAUAAAACAUAUUUAUUUUGGUAGCACUUUACAAUAAGGUUCCAUUUGUUAACAUUAGUUAAUGCAUUAGGUGUCAUGAACAAAUAAUGAACAGUAUAGUUUUUACAGCAUUUAUUAAUAUUUGUGAAUGUUAGUGAAUAAAAAUACAAUUGUUUUUUUGGUUUAAAAAAUGAUUUAAAAAAUGUAUUAGUACAUGUUGAAAUUAACAUUAACCAAGAUUAAUAAAUGCUGUAAAAGUAUUGUUCAUUGUUAGUUCAUGUUAACUUACGUUGUUAAGUAAUGUUAACAAAUGGAACUUUAUUGUGAAGUAUAACCUACAGUAUAUUACUAAAUUGAACGUGAAAGCAAAUGAGAUUUUAGAGCUUCGGCUACAGUUAAAUGUUUUUUUUUUUGUGUGAAAAUAAAAAAAAUUCCAGUCUGUUUCUGACAUAAAGCAAUCAUACGGCUUCAGAAGACUUGGAAUAUAAAGCAAGAGUCGUACUUAUUUGGUGCUUUUAUUAAUGUUAUAUGAAAGAGCAUCAUAAAGAAUUAAAUAAACAUUUCUACUAGAAUAAAAUUAAAUUGUUCCAUGGAAAAAACUACCAGCAUACAGGUUUGAAAAGAUAUGAGGGUGAGUAAGUAGUUUUAAUACUUUAAUUUUAAUACAAAUUAAGCAGAAUUUUAAUUUUCGGGGAAAAUAUUCACUUAACUAGUCAGACUAGCUCUCAUAAGACAUUUUUCAUAAUCCUAUUAGAAUAAUAUUUUUGUUAACACACUGGACUCACAUAAUUGGUAAGCAUCUGAUCACAUGCCUUCCACCACCUUUACCAACCCCAAACAUGACUUGUUACAGAUAUCGCAAUGUAAAACUGAACACAAAUCCUUCACCUUUAAAGCAAAGCACACUUAAUCCAGUGCAAUGACAACGAUAUUUCAAAGCAGUGCCAGAACCACCUAAAUAAGUAGUAUUAUUGUAGUAUUAUUAUUAAUUUUAAGAAACUAUUUACCCAUUAUGCACAAUUUUCACUUAUGUUAUUUAUUGCACAAUGUAACAAGCACCUGUUACAACUCCCAAGAAUGUGUAAAUGCAAAUAACUUCAUUUUUUUAUGUCAGGCUACCUAUACCUUUUUUUGUGAAAAGACAUUUAGAGAUGCUCAUUUCCUUUUUAAUAGCAAACAGUCUAUGACAUUUUAUGCAUACAGUCUUACAGUAAAUAUAACUCUUAAAGAUCCCACAUGUUUUUCUACUAAUCUUCACUCAAAACAAGUGAAAUAUUUGUUGUGAUGAUCAGUUGUAUUGCUUUAGGUCUUGCCAUUAAAAUUGGUAUUUUUCCAUGUUAUAGUCUAGUUACUUUACCAGUUUCUUACCUGAUGGAACAAUAUGGUAAAUGUGAAUAAAUCCCUCUCAAAUGUACACACUUAUGUACCUUAUUUUGACCCAAGAAUGUAUUAUACAUUUCAACAAACUGCAUUUCCAAAUUCUGCAUAAAAAAUUAAAUUCUGAAUGCUGUCAUGGAAAAAGAAUUCACACUGUACAUAAAGCAUUACUUUUUAUGAUUCUGUACAUAGAAUAGAGUCUAUGCAAUAAAGUAAAAUAAAUAAA